AUGGCCGGCUCGUCGGGCAGCUUCCUGGCGCGCGCACACUACGUGCCGCUCGUCGGCGGCGCCCUCUACGUCGCCUUCGUCUGUGCGCUCAUGACGCGCAGCUUCCAGGCGCACAACCUGUACCUGCACAAGAUCCAGUUUCCCUUCAACGCAAAGUUCUCGCAGCCGGAGCGCUACGGCCUGGCGCCGCAGAAGACGCGCAAUCUGCGCUUCACCACCAGUGACGGCGUCGAGAUCGGUGCAUGGCACGUGCUUCCCGACGUGUACCACCGCAAGGUGUUCCCGAGCUUCGAUGCUGCCCCGCUCUCGGACGACGCAUACGACGAGGCGUUGCGUGACUACCCGACGGUCAUCUACCUGCACGGCAACGCAGCGAACCGCGCUGCCCCGUUCCGCAUCGCCUCGUACAACCAGUUCACGGCGCGCACGUCGGCCAACGUGAUCGCCAUCGACUACCGCGGCUUUGGCGACUCGCAGGGCGAGCCGACGGAGGAUGGCCUGGCGCUGGAUGCCAAGGCGGCGUGGGACUGGCUGAUGGAGCGCAAGGCGGCCAUCGGCGUGCCCGAGGCGGAGCGUACGCGCAACGUGCUCGUUGUUGGACAGAGCCUGGGCACGGGCGUGGCCGUCGCGCUGACGGACAUCCUCGUCAAGUCGGGCACGCCGCCCGAGGCUAUGUUCCUCAUCGCGCCGUAUAUCUCGAUUGCGCACCUGAUUACGUCGUACCGCAUCGGCGGCCUCGUCCAGAUCUUUGCGCCACUCAAGCUGUUCCCGAACCACCAGAAUCUUAUCCCGAAGUUCCUCUACUCGCAGUUUGCCAACUUCAAGGUCGUGCCGCACCUGAUUCGCGCCAGCGGUCUCUCCGUCGAGGGCGCCGUGACGCCUGCUGCCGCCGAGACGACGGCAGCGCGUCAAGGCCACCCGCACAUCAUCAUCUCGCACGCCGACGACGACGACGUGAUCCCAUGCGCACACGGCGAGGCGCUCUUCGACGGCGCGCUGCGUGCCCACCUCGGCCUUGCCACGGCGCCGACCUCGCGCGGCACCGCACCGCUCGACGAGAAGGCCUGGCUGAAGGCUCGCAACGCCUCGGUCUCCAUCACGCCGGCCAUGUCGCGCGACGGCGCCUGGGCGCAGGUGCACUCCUUCUCGACGGGCAGCGGCGCGUCCGUCUCGCUCAUCCGCACGCCGCACGGCGGACACAACGGCGUCGGCGAUGGCGUCGUGGACAUCGUCGGCCAGCUCUCUGGAAUCGCCGGACCCGUCUGCCCGUGA